AUGGCAUUGCCAGCGACCGCAGCUGCGAUGGCCGAGCUCGACCGCGUCAAACGUCACCUGCCUUCUGCCUGCCAGCUCCUCAGUCCAUCAUUUUGUCCCCGAGCUGUCUAUCCUGUCAUCCUUCCUCGACUUGUUCUGUGUGCCGGUCAAUCAAUAGCUUCAUACCAUGGCGGACCGCUACUCCUUCUCCUUGACUACAUUCUCUCCCAGAGAGAUGCUGACUCGUCCUUAUCCACCAGUGGAAAGCUGGUGCAGAUUGAAUAUGCCCUGAACGCGGUCAACCAGGGUGUCACAGCUCUCGGCAUCAAAGCCACCAAUGGAAUUGUUCUCGCUACCGAAAAGAAAUCCUCCUCUCCAUUGAUCGACCCUCCCUCGCUUUCCAAGAUCUCCCUGAUUACGCCCGAUAUUGGUAUGGUCUACGCGGGCAUGGGACCUGACUAUCGUGUGCUUGUGGACAAGGCUCGCAAGGUUUCCCACACGGGGUACAAGCGUAUCUACAACGAAUACCCACCGACACGGAUACUGGUGCAAGAUGUUGCCCGCGUUGUGCAGGAAGCGACGCAAUCCGGAGGUGUGCGUCCAUACGGUGUCAGUCUGUUGGUUGCUGGCUGGGAUGAGGGGAUCGAGCCCGAGGCGGCGGACAUGAUGAAGGAUUCCCAAUCCGACAAGCCCUCGGGCAAGACAGGUGGUAUCCACAAAGGCGGACCCAGUCUUUACCAGGUUGAUCCCAGUGGCAGCUAUUAUCCAUGGAAGGCGACAGCGAUUGGCAAGCACGCGACCAGUGCCAAGACCUUCCUGGAGAAGCGAUACACCGAGGGACUGGAGCUGGAGGAUGCUAUCCACAUCGCGCUCCUGACAUUGAAGGAGACCAUUGAAGGCGAGAUGAAUGGGGACACGAUAGAGAUUGGCAUUGUUGGGCCUCCUGCGGAUCACUUGCUGGGCUUCGAGGGUGUGGAGGGAGCUCAAGGUCCCCGGUUCCGCAAGUUGACCAAGGAGCAGAUUGAGGACUACUUGACCAACUUAUAA